UACUUGGGGAAGAGGCUUGAUUAGCCUGGGGGAGGGAUAAAGGAGUGCAUCUCCCCCAGGAUGCCUUCCCCACCCCCACCCCCUUAGCCAGGGUUGGGGUGGGGGAGUUGGUCACAUAUUCUCAACAGCACAUCAUGGGGCCAUUCAGAGUUUGAGGCUACCUGGGAGGGUCAGAAAACAAGAGGGGCUGCUGCAGCCCCUUCAAGAAGCCCAUAGAGCCCUCCCUGAUAUAUGUAGGGACUGGGAGCCGGCCGGGUUGUGUGGGGCCCGUGUGGCAGCGGUUUCCCACCACGUGACAGAACUGAAACAGGGAACAAUCAAGUGUUUCUUGUGAAUGCCAGGGCUGGAGGGAAGGGGCUGGAUUUCCAGCCUUUGAUUGUGGCUCCGCCCCCCAUGGUGUUCCCAGACUCUGAUCCUAGUCCCCACCAUUUCCUAGCCUUUGAUCUAUCCUUCCCCCUUAGGGUUCCCAACUGUGAUUCCCUCCCCUGCUCCUCGGCUUCCUGGCCUUUGAUGUACAGGGUUCCCAGACACUGAGCUCUGUCCCCUUCCCAUCCCUGUGAGACAGUGUUCUUUCUCAGCAAGAAGGCUUGGCUCCAAGGGACAGACUAAGUCAAGAGUAGGUAUGGAAACUGAGGCACACUGAAGGAAAAGGACUUGUCCAGCCACCUACAGUGAGUCAGUGGAGCUGGGAUUAGACUCCCCAGAAUCCUGCUGCCACUCCCCUGCUCUAACCACUGGAUACCACUCCUGCCAGAGUUGUGGAUAGAAUGCUGGUGGUAAACUGGUGUCCUGACACCCAACCCCACAGCUUUAACCAUUAGACGUUCCUCAUGAGGCUAUUAUCUUCAAGCCAAGGUACGCACACACCCCAUACGGAGCUACCCAGGCCCGAUCAUUCUGUUUAUACCCAGUUGGAAACUCUUCCAUUCUCAUCUCACCCCCAAACUCUCCAUGGAGUGGCAACCCCUUGUUGUCAUCUCUGCUAUCUAUAGGGUGACCAGAUGUCCCGAUUUUAUAGGGACAGUCCUGAUUUUGGGGUCUUUUUCUUAUAUAGAUAGACUCCUAUUACCCCCCACCCCCUGUCCUGUUUUUUCACAUUUGCUGUCUAGUCACCCUAGCCAUCUAGGGCCUUGUCGCAUGUACAGACCCCUCACUCUUUGGGGCACUGCUCUCUCCAGAGGCCUCAAUUUCCCAUAGUCCCUCUCCCCCCAGCUCUGCAACAAGCAGGAUCCUCUCCAUUUCUCCAGGCCAUAGAUCAUGGUAACACGGAGUAAUUAUCUGUUUCCACCUUAAGGCGGCGUGGGACGGGUCUGGGAGGCGGAGUCGGAGGCGGAUCGGGAUAUAUCAGUGCCGGCUGAGGCAGAGCGUAAGUUUCACAGUCAGAGAAAUCAAUCAGGUUCGCUAGGCCCUAGCGAUCCCCGGUGGCUUUUAGCCAGGCAUCAUGAGCCAGGACGCAGAGGUGGACAUGAAGGAGGUGGAGUUGAACGAGAUGGAGCCAGAGAAGCAGCCCAUGGCGGGCUCCCCAGCCUCGGGAUCCCUGGGCGAGAAGAACGGGAUGGUGAAGGUGAAGGUGCCCGAGGAGGAUGGCGAGGUGGAUGCUGGCACCAAGUUCACGGGGCUGUCCAAGGAGGAGCUGCUGCAGGUAGCGGGCACUCCAGGGUGGGUGCGCACCCGCUGGGCCCUGCUCAUCCUCUUCUGGCUGGGUUGGCUGGGCAUGCUGGCGGGGGCCAUCGUCAUCAUCGUCCAGGCUCCUCGCUGCAAGGAGCUUCCUCCCCAGGAGUGGUGGCACAAGGGGGGCAUUUACCGCAUCCAGGCACUGGAGGCCUUCCAGGACUCAGAUGCCGAUGGAGUCGGGGACUUGGCAGGGGUGGAGCAGCACAUUGAUUACCUGAGCUCCCUGAAGGUGAAGGGGCUGGUAAUUGGGCCCAUACAUGUUAACACCCCUGACAAACUGGCCAGCACGGACCUGCGGGAAGUGGACCCCCGUUUCGGCACCAAGGAGACCUUUACCAAGCUGUUGGAGGCCGCCAAGAAGAAGGGUCUCAAGGUUAUCCUGGACAUGACCCCCAAUUACCGUGGCCAGAUGCCCUGGUUCAGCCAGGAGACCCUCCGCAGCAGUGAUUUCCAGUCUAAAAUGAAGGUGGCGCUGGAGUUCUGGCUGGAGUUUGGCGUGGCAGGGAUCCAGAUGGAGGAAGUGGAGAAGCUCAGUGACUCCCAGCUCCUGGUGGAGUGGAAGAACCUCACCAGCCAGUACAGUUCUGAUGGUAAUGCCAGGGUGCUGAUCGCUGGGACGGGCCAACGAGAUUCCUGGCAGAUCUUCUCCUUGCUGAAUGAGACCGAUGCUGACCUCCUGGUCAGCCCAUAUCUGGUGGGGCUGGGGCAGGAGCCCUCUGGGGAGAAGGUGGAAAAUGCAAUCAGAGAGUACAUCCAGGCUUCUGGAGAGAAGUGGCCCAGCUGGAGUGCGGGGGGCCCAAGGACGGGGCACAUGGCCUCUCUUGUGAAGGAGCGGUUGCUGCGGCUCUAUCACAUGCUACUUUUCACACUGCCAGGGACGCCCUUCACCAACUACGGGGAUGAAAUCGGGCUGCAGGAGCUGCCAGGACAGUCCAGCGCACCCCACAUGCUGUGGAAUGAUUCGGCCAAUUUUGGCUUUUCCUCAAAGUCGUUGUCUCAAGGUGUGGGCGGCGGCGGCAUCAGCAUCACUGUGAAGGCACAGAGUGAGGAUCGCUCCUCAUUGCUCUCCCUGUUCCGGCACCUGAGUGAGCUGCGGGGCAAGGAGCGCUCGCUGUUGCAUGGGGAAUUCAUGAUGCUGCCUAGGGUGGUGCCAGAUGUCUGUAUCUACCUGCGCAGCUGGGACCAGAACAAACGCUUCUUGGUGGUCCUCAACUUAGCUGGCAACAGCAGCUCUGUCCCCAUUUCCCACUCUCUCCUGCCUCCUGAGGCCACUGUGGAGCUCAGCACUGACCCCCAGCGCCAGGAGGGGCAGCUGGCCCUGAAGGACCUGACAUUGAAGCCCUCUGAGGGGUUGCUGCUGCAUUUCCCCUAUGUAGCCUAGGGGAGGAGGCCUCGCCUGUGGGCCAGGGCCUCCCAUGUUCCAAGGAGGGGUGUUUGUUCAUGUGAGUCCUACUAACACCCCCAGGGGCAGCACUGAGGCCUUGGGGCAGGAGUGGGAAGCUGCAGCCAUAAGGUAAAGAAGGCCCCUAGGUUCUGUUCUCCUGAGUCCUGGAUGUCUGACCUGAUCUUCUCUUCCCCCCACUACCCUCCCAUGGGGCUGGUGGGGCGUGGGGGGAAGCAGGUGCUCAGUGUGCCCCAAUUCCUGCUAGCCUCACUUCGGCACCAUCCUCAGGGAUGCUAUGGGAGAUCCGGACUGAGGACGGGGCUCUGUGGCAUCUGUUUCCCCAUGGGGGGGGCAGCAUUUAGAUUUAGGGACCAAGGAGUUCAGGCCCCACUGGCUGCAGCUUCACCUUCCCCCUUUGGGUGCCCAGUAUGAUUGGACAGGUGGGGAUGACUGAUCAGGACCAACGGUCUGUCUGUCUCUCUAUCCUCCUCCUCCUUCCUCUCUUCCCCCUCCCCAGGUUGUAGUGGCCAGUGCUGUGUGAAAUGGUGCAGAUGUUUGGGUGGGGGGUGGAUGGCUUUGUGCUGGGCUCCUCCUGCGUGCUGCUGGGAUCAGCAUGGAAAUAAUAAAAGGCUCUGCUUAGUGA